UUCUUAUGCUUCUUCUUGGAUGUUUGUACAAUGGAGAACUCUGCAUGAGCUGCAGUGAGAGUGAGAGAUUGGCACUUGUCAAGUUCAAAGCAGGGCUUCAAGAUCCUCACCAACUUCUAUCUUCAUGGGAAGGUGAUGACUGCUGUACAUGGGCAGGAGUUCAUUGUGACAAUGAAACUUGGCAUGUUGUCAGCUUGGAUCUUCAGUAUCACCAUCUUUAUCAUGGCCUUAGCAAUGGUGGAAGACUCAGUGAUGAGAUUAAUCCUUCUUUGCUCUCUUUGAAGCAUUUGAAUCACUUGGACUUGAGUUCUAAUCAUUUCAAGGGAACAGAGAUUCCCAGUUUCAUUGGUUCACUCACUGGUUUGAGUUAUCUGAAUCUCUCUAAUGCUGGUUUCAUUGGGAGGGUUCCUCCUCAGCUCGGUAAUCUCACAAGCUUGAUUUAUCUUGAUCUCAAUUCAUUCUAUUCUAUGCAUGAUUUGCAUGUUGAUGAUAAUUUUCAAUGGCUUUCUUUCCUUUCUUCUCUGCAAUAUCUUGACAUGAGUGGAGUUAAUCUUGCUAAGAUUUCUUCUGAUAAUUUGUUUCAUGCUGUUAACAUGCUGCCUGCUCUUUCUGUUUUGAUUCUUCCAAACUGCCACCUUCACUGGCCACAGCCUUCCUCUUCUUCUUCUUCUUCUUCUUCUUCUUUAUAUCUCAAUCUUAGUAAUUCUUUGACUACUAUUGAUCUUAGCAACAAUCAAAUCAACUCCACUUUCCCUCUCUGGCUAACUAAUUCCAGCAGACUUGUUUAUCUUGAUCUCUGGUUCAAUCACUUCCAUGGGGUGAUACCUGAAGCCAUUGGUCAAAUGAAAUCUCUGGAGGUCAUUCAGCUUGGAUUCAAUCACUUUGUCGGCCCGCUACCAACAAGCAUCAGAGACCUCUGCAACUUGCACACUUUAGAUUUCUCAUUCAAUAAUCUCAGUGAAGAUACGAGCACACUGUCAAGAAUUUUCUCUGGAUGUGCUGGUGAUACUAUUGAGACAUUAAACUUGAGAAACAGUAAAUUGAAAGGGGAGUUGUCAGGCUGGUUGGGAAUGCUCAAGGCUAUAAUCACUCUUGAUCUUAGUAAGAACUCGUUUUACGGACCGAUUCCUAUUUCUAUUGGAAACUUAUCAAAUUUAAGAACCUUGUAUCUCACCUCGAAUAGAUUCAACGGAAGUCUUCCAGAGAGCUUUGGACAACUCUCAGAGCUGAAAAUUCUUGAUAUUUCUUACAAUUCAAUUAGUGGUGUUAUAUCCCAACUGUUAUGGGUCCAGCCCAUAUUUGCAAUAUUUUAUAUUCUUUAUUUGUUGUUAUUUUUGAUCAACUCUACGAUCGGAGGUGCUCCCGUGGUCCGAUUUUUGCUCAAAUUUGGCCAGCUUGUUCCUGACAAGAAGGGCUUCAUUUUGAACAGUCGGAUCGUCCUCAGAGACCUCUGGCGAUCUUUUCACCAACAACACUUCGCCAAUCUCUCAAGUCUGGAUACUCUGAGCAUGAGUUACAAUCCAUUAGUAGUGAACAUCAGCAGAGACUGGGUACCUCCUUUCCAUCUUCUAGAAAUUGCUCUUGUAUCAUGUCAACUGGGACCAGAAUUUCCAGCAUGGCUCAGAACUCAGAAAGAUUAUUCAGUGCUUGAUUUGUCCAAUACUGGAAUCACAGGUUCAUUGCCUGACUGGUUCUGGGACUUGCCGCAUAGCAUUGCACUUCUUGAUCUCUCAAAUAAUCAGAUAACUGGAACUAUACCCAAGUCUCUCAAGUUCUUCAGUUUAUGUCUCAUUAAUCUGAGGUCAAAUAAAUUUGAAGGCCCAUUGCCUCCUCUGCCAUCUAAUGCAUUAUAUGGUGAUCUUUCAGAUAAUUCAUUUUCAGGUGAUCUUCUUCCCAUUCUUGGUGAAAAUAUACCAACAUUGGGACAUUUGUAUCUUUCAAAUAAUCUCUUAAAUGGUAUGCUUUCUGCAUCUAUAUGCAACUUCCAGCUGAUGCAAGUCAUUGAUAUCUCCAACAAUUUUAUCUCUGGUGAGCUUCCUGGAUGUUGGCAAAAUCUGUUCUUCUUGGUGGCUCUAAAUCUGGCAAACAACAAGAUAUAUGGAGAAAUUCCAGUUUCUCUUGGUUCUCUGAAAUUGAUUGAAGUUCUUCACUUGGGGAACAACAAUCUCUCUGGAGAAAUCCCAUUGCCUCUGAGAAACUGCAAGAUACUUGUGACCCUUGAUCUUGGUGGCAACAAGUUAUCAGGAAAUAUACCAGCGUGGAUCGGAGAAAGUAUGCCAUUGCUAAGGAUACUCCGUUUACGAGCUAACAUGUUGCAGGGUGACAUCCCUGGAGAAUUAUCCAAUCUAGCAUCAUUGCAAAUCUUAGACCUUGCUAAUAAUAACUUAUCGGGAGUUAUACCUCAGUCUUUCGGCAACCUUUCUGCGAUGCAACUCACGAAUGAAGCAAGACAGAGUAUUCUGGACGGAUUUCAUGGCCUAGUCAUCACAAGCAUAGGGAAUUAUAGCAUUUCCGGUUAUACCGACAGCUUGUCAGUUAUUACAAAAGGAAUGGAACUUGAAUACAGUAAAACACUUGAGUUUGUGACAAGCAUGGACCUUUCAAGCAAUCAGCUUUCGGGUGAAAUACCACAACAAUUAGGAAAUCUUAAUGGGAUACAAAAUCUGAACUUGUCCGGAAAUCAUUUGAUAGGUGGGAUUCCAGAUUCAAUAGGUGACUUAGUGUCAUUGGAGUCAUUUGAUUUAUCAAGAAAUGAACUUUCAGGCAAGAUUCCUCCGAGCAUAUCUUUUCUUACUUCGUUGAGUCAUCUGAACCUUUCGUACAACAACUUGUGGGGUAGAAUUCCAACAGGUAACCAGCUGCAAACUCUUGAUGAUCCAUCGAUAUACAUUGGCAAUCGUGACCUCUGCGGCCCUCCUUUGACAGUAAAAUGUGGUCAUAAUGAAACACUUGCCUUCGGUGUUGAAGGAGAUGAUUCUGAUGAGAAUGAGACAUUAUGGUUAUUGUUUGGUGGUGCCGUGGGAUAUGCAUUGGGUUUGUGGGCAGUAUGUAUUUGUUUGUUCAUCAAAGAGGCAUGGAGGAAUUCAUAUUUUGAUGUAGUUGAUUAUAUGCAUAAGAAGCUUCUUGCAUUCACUGCAACAAGUAUUUAUAAUUCAGCAGGCGUCAAGGAUGAAAUAGAUGGAUGA